GGUAUCAGGAAAUGCACUUUAAGUGGAUGGAAAAGAGCACUAGCUAGAAAAUAAAAGCAGUCUUUAGAAUAGUUCCAGAUGAUUCUUAAUGCUGCAAUCUCUUCUUCUGUACUGUAGUUUCUCAUUCCUCUCUUGUUAUUUUCAGCUUUCAAAUUAGUUCCCCACUUUCUUUCUCUCAUGGUUUUAUUUCCAUCACAUAACAAGUAACAUAUAGGUUUAAACAUAGUAAAACAAUGAGCAUCAUUAUUUCUCUCAUGCUCUUGGUUUGUCUCAUUUCCUGCACUACAGCUCGAGAUUCCAGCAGAGAAGCUCUACAAGUUACAAUUGGUAUUGGCAAUGGCAACUUAAGCAAGGGCUGUAAUGAUAGACACCAUAAUCUUCCAUUCAAACUCAAUUGUAAGUUGCCAGCAACCCCCUUAGCAAAUGAAGUAUUGAAGUUUGCUGAUCAAAGACUGGCUUUAGUGCAUCCCAUAAUCCAAAAAUUUAAGUCUUUAAUCACUUCAGAUCCUCUUGGAAUCACCCAAACUUGGGUGGGUUCAGAUAUUUGUAGUUACAAAGGGUUCUACUGUGAUAAUCCACCAGAUAACAAGUCAGCCAUUGCUGUUGCUUCAAUCGAUUUCAAUGGAUUUCAGUUGUCAGCCCCUUCACUCGAUGGUUUCUUGGAUCAGCUUCCAGAUAUUGCCCUCUUCCAUGCCAACUCCAACAAUUUUAGUGGCUCUCUUUCGCCAAACAUCGCCAAGCUUCGGUAUCUAUAUGAGCUUGAUAUAAGCAACAACCGAUUUUCAGGGCCAUUUCCAGAUGCUGUUCUAAACAUGCCUGGUUUAACAUUCUUGGAUAUUCGUUUCAACUUCUUCACUGGGUCAGUUCCUUCUCAAAUUUUUACUCAAAAUCUCGACGCCCUUUUUAUCAACAACAACGAGUUCAUGAUCCAUCUGCCUGAUAAUAUUGUCAACACCCAUAUUUUUUAUCUCACUUUGGCCAACAACAAGUUCAAUGGUCCACUUCCAAGAACCAUUUUCAAAGCAUUCUCUUCGUUAGCUGAGGUUCUUCUUUUAAACGACCAGCUUACAGGUUGUAUACCCUAUGAGAUUGGUUUGCUUAAGGAAGCUGUCGUUUUUGAUGUCGGGAACAACCAGUUGACUGGUCAUUUACCUUUCUCAUUAGCUUGUAUGGAGAAUUUGGAACAGUUGAACUUCGCUGGUAAUCUUCUGUUUGGAGCGGUCCCUGAGGUGGUUUGCGAGCUUGGCAAACUGAUGAAUUUAUCAUUGUCUGACAACUAUUUCAUACAUGUUGGCCCCAUGUGUCGGAUUUUGAUUGAGAGAGGAGUGUUGGAUGUUAGAAACAACUGCAUUCCCGAUCUUCCAUUUCAGAGAUCUGUAGAGGAGUGUGCAAAUUUCUUUGCUCAUCCAAGAUUCUGCCCUCGCAUGUGGUCUUACAAUUACAUCCCAUGCUACCAUUUUCCUUCUAGUUCUUCAAUCCCUGAUAUGGCUCCUUCACCUUAAUCCCCUUAAUGGGGUUUUGUUCGUUUUCUUGGUUUAUGUUCUUGUUUUUGAUAAACUAUUCUUUCACUUCUAUGUAAUCAUAAUAUAACUUUGUCUAUCAUGAAAACCUGAAGAACGCUAUUAUCGUUUGUGUUUGACAGGUACUUCAUUUUUCCCUUCUAAAUGAACGAAAGAUUAUCAAUAAA